AUGGACCCCUCAGAGGAAGACCUCAUCCUGUCCCUGAUCGAGGCCGACGUGGGUCCUGGAUCCCGCGAAGCCAUGGCCGCCGCGGUCUCCAAGGUCCCCUCCGCCGGGGACAAGGCGUCGGAGCUGUCCACUUCCGCCAGCGUCGUGCUCGAAGACGUGGCGCUGUGGAACAAGUUUAGUCAGGUCACCAACGAGAUGAUCGUCACCAAGUCCGGCAGGCGCAUGUUCCCCGUGGUGCGCGUGUCCGUGAGCGGCCUGCACCCGCGCGCCAUGUACAGCCUGGUGCUGGACUUCAGCCAGGUGGGCUCGCAGCGCUGGAAGUUCCUCAACGGCCGCUGGGCCAGCGCCAGCCGGGCCGAGCCGCCGCCGCGCCAGGGGCUCUUCGUGCACCCGGACUCGCCCAACUUCGGCGCCCACUGGACCAAGGCUCCGGUGUCCUUCUCCAAGGUCAAGCUCACCAACAAGCCCACGUCCAGCCAGGGAUUUGUGGUGCUCAACUCCUUGCACAUGUACGAGCCCCGGGUGCACCUGGUGCGUGUGGAUCAGCGGCGCAUGUGCAGUUUCCCCCUUCGAGAGACCCGGUUCAUUGCUGUCACCGCUUACCAAAACGAACAGGUGACGGCCCUAAAGGUUCGGCACAACCCGUUCGCCAAGGCCUUCCUGGACAGCAAGGAGCGUACAGGCUGCGAGCAUCCACUCUCCCUGUGGACCCCCCAGGCGCUCAAGGAGCCAGGAAUCCCUGACACCCUCCGGGGGGCCAGGCGCCCCUGCAGGCCCUGGCUCGAGCAGCCACGGACAGACGCGUGCCGCGGGACGCCGUACGUUCGGCUGCAACCAGCCAGACACGCCACUUGCUCAGGCCGAGCCCUCAGCGCUCCCGUAGCCGACAGUCUGCAAGACCCAGUAGUGAGUCCCGACAGCCCGCCAUCCGACAACAAGCCAGACCUGGGCACCGACCUGCAGAACCAGUUCCCUCUCUCCUGGCGCCAGCGCCAAGACCGAACCCAGGGAACGUCCUGUAGCCACCCGUGGACGCCUCCGAGCGUGCCGAAUCCUCACGAAAUCCAUAGCCCCGAUGGCGCGGUCGCAGCUAGGCCAGAGUUACCAGGACCUGUGCAUCAGCAGCAGCAGCAGCAGCAGCAGCAGCACCAGGAGGCGGCGGUGCUACGCAGACACUUCAGCCACGCGUUUCCUUACAUCCCAAGCAACGGAGGCUUCUCGGCCGUAGCGUCGGUCGUGAGCAUCAGGGAGGAGUGCUGCAGGCCGUGCGAACUCGUCAAGGACAUCGGGGAUGGCUACGGUAACUGUGUAUCUCCAGUGGCCUCGAUGGCGACAUCUCCCGACGGAAAUCGCUGGAGCCCUCCGACACCGCCGUCGUGA